AUGAAAGAAGUAUCUAUAUCACUGGAAUUGGAAACUAGACAACAGGAUGAAUUGAAUAGCAUUUCGUCGAUAUACGGCGAUAUUUUCAAAGAUAUAACGCCAAAGGAGCUAAUAUGGAAUAAGAAACCAAACCCUCAUUUUCAAAUAUUUCUAUCAUCAUCGGAGAAUAGAGAUAACCCAACAGUUUCAAUUACUUUGGAUAUAGAGUUCACUCCUACCUAUCCAUUGUCAUCACCAAACGUUAAGUUCAUCAAUCCCCAGAAUUUAUUGAAAGCACAUACUGCACGUUUAAAACAAAAGUCCGAGGAGCUCAUCAAAGAGUAUGAGCACGAAGAGGUAUCAUUCGCUAUAAUAUCCGAGCUGAAGUUUAUUUUAGAUGACAUUCAAGCUGUUACGACAAAAGUACUAUCGCUAGAAGAGGAGAGGGAAGAGAGACUUCGGAACGAACGUAAAGCAUUGGAGGAACUUGAAGCCAAACAACAGAGGGAGUUAGAAUCUGCAACUCAAAAACGAAGCAAAGAGUUAAAUGAACAAAUACAGCAAAUCAAGAUUGAAUUGGAUGAAGAUCUCGAUGAGGAAGAGGAAGAAGUUGAAGUUGCGCCAAUACCCAAUGACAAAGACAAUUACUUCAUAUUUGAUAACGAAUUGGAAGAUUUCCUACCGCAUUGUAGGCGGAAAUAUAAAUUUAGAGCUGUCCAGGGAUUCAUUCGGUAUACCAAGAGAGGACUAUUUAGCUCCAUUGGUAAGCAAUUCAUUGUAAAGCCUUUUGUUAGUGAUGACGUCAAAGCUGAGGCUGACAAACAUGGUCAUGAACUCAACUACCUUUUGACUGAGAUUAACCUCAAUAACCAAUAUUGGCAGCAAGAUGCAGGCAAGAAUGAGGUACAGGACUUGGAAAAAGAGUUACAAUCCUGUGUCAAUUCGAGUAAUCCUCAUAUUCUCAAAUUGAUUGGUUUUCAAAUAGAUAAACACAAUGGUUGGAAAGUCCGUAUAUUGACAGAAUUUUCAUUUGUCUCGGAAGCCUUGUUUGAAAUUAUGCCAUCGAAGGGACACAUUAGUCUACCGAUGGCAAGAAUUUGGCUUUUGAACUUGAUCCCGGUAUUGGAACAGUUACACAAUUCUGGACUUAUCCAUAAACAGAUCAACCCAUUCACUAUAUUUCUAUUUGAACAAGAUAGGGCAGGCCAGGGCCAUUUAUUUACAGACUCGUCUCAUAUAAAUUCCUUUGGUAAUGAAAAUGGAAAAAUUUUAAAGUUGGCGCACCCUUCUUAUGGAUAUAAACUUUUGAGAAUGUUGGAGAUGCACCCAAACACUGGCAACGACAAGUUUCGCAAAGAUAGAAACAAGAACCCCGAUUCUUGGAUACCUCCAGAGGUCAAACACACCGGAAUGUAUAACCAGAAAUCAGAUGUUUGGGACUUGGGUGCACUAGUGUUGCGACUUGUCGUAGGAAAAGAUGCAUUGGUCAAAGAAUUUCCAAACCCAGAUGAAUUCAAUAGAAAGUUUAUGGAAAAGACUAAGUUUGAUCGUGAGGAUUAUGCCGAGCAGAUACAUGACUUGUUGACAAAAUUGCUACAACCAAAGUACUCAAAGAGACCAACACUUUUGGAAUUGAAUGCUGUGAAGUUUUUAAGAGACGGACCAGUUUUGAAAAAACAAAAUAAUGGUACACUAUUGACCACAAACAAUACUAGAGUAAACAAAGUGUUUUCAAGGGAUGAAUCCACGCACCCUGAAAAGUUUUCAAGCUACGUGCCAAGUGCUCAGCUUUACAGCGGUUCCACAUACCCACUAACUCUGGAGUCAAGAGGUAACAGCCGGUAUGAAAGAGACUUCGAAGAGAUUGGUAGGUUGGGCAAAGGUGGUUUUGGUGACGUUGUGAAAGCUAGGAAUCGAAUGGAGGGGACCUACUACGCUAUAAAAAAAAUCAAACAUAGAGCCAAUAAACUUGACUCGCUAUUGAGUGAAGUCCUAUCAUUAGCUCGGUUGAAUCAUCAGUAUAUUGUAAGGUAUUAUGGAACUUGGGUUGAAGAAUUGGAGGAGAAUGUGGAAAAUCUGGAAGACGGCAAAAUCGUGCCCAUCUCUGAGGAGUGUUCUGAGUCUAGUGACGAGGUUUCAGAUAGUAACGAGGUUUCAGAUAGUGACGAGGUUUCAGAUAGCGACGAUGCAUCUAGUUUAAGCUACGUUAAUAGAUCGUCAUCAUUUUUGGCAACACGCGCCAGUUCGUUUCAAAUUGAUUACAUUUCGAGCUCGUUUGAUCCCCGGAUUGAGUUUGAUGACGACUCUUUUCCACAACAAAGUAACACUUCAGAGGAUGUGUUUGAGUUUGCUCACUCGACUGAUGCAGAUUCUUCUACCCAGGGAAGUGCUGGCCUUUCAAAUGUACGGGAAAGUGAAGGAAGAGAAGGAAGAUCGGUGACACCACAAGCUAAGACGAGUCAAAUGGUUUACCCCAGAUCAGUUCUUUAUAUCCAAAUGGAAUUUUGUGAAAAUAACACGUUAUUGAAUCUUAUUGAACAAGGACUUCCCAGUAAUCCGAGCGAGUAUUGGAGACUACUUCGUCAAUUAUUGGAGGCGGUCUCUUAUAUUCAUAGCGAAGGAUUUAUUCAUAGAGAUUUGAAACCCAUGAACGUUUUCAUUGAUAAAUCUAAUAAUAUCAAAGUUGGAGAUUUUGGAUUAGCUAAAAACUCACAGUUCUUGUCGACACUACCCACCAUCGAACAAAUAUCGGAAAAAGUUGAUGCAGCUACAAAUAGAAAUGGUGAUUUGUCGACUGUAGUAGGAACAGUUUUCUACACUGCACCCGAGGUGUCUUCAGGAAAUUACGAUGAAAAAGUGGACUUGUUUUCUUUGGGCGUUAUAUUUUUUGAAAUGUGCUAUCCUUUAUCAACAGGUAUGGAAAGGGCAAUAACUUUAAACAAAUUGAGGAAACGUGAGUAUCCUGAUAACUGGAAGAAUGCUCAAGAGAAACAAAUUGUUCAUCAGCUACUUGAUCCGGAUCCAAAGGCACGACCAGGAGCAGCUGAGCUUUUGCAAAGCGGUCGUUUGCCAGUUGAGCACCAGGAUCAAGUUAUCAAGGAAGCUUUAAAAUCUUUAGCUGAUCCAGCAUCACCCUGGCAACAACAAGUGAGAGAAGCCUUAUUCAAUCAACCGUAUUCCUUAGCAAAAGACUUACUAUUCGAUAGUAAUAGAGAGACUCCCAAUAGCUCGACUAGUGACUAUCUACUAUUCAGUAAAAUCAUUGACGAAUUGAUGAAUCUUUUUCACAAGCAUGGUGCUGUUGAAAAUAUGAGCAUAAAUUUGGUACUACCUCGGAUAACCGCACAGCCAAAAGACCAGGUGUACGAAUUUCUCGAUAGGGGUGGCUCCGUCAUUACCCUACCUUACGACUUGGUUGUCCCGGUUGCACGAUUUGUUAGUAAAAACGAGGUCAAUGUACCCAAAUUUUACCGUCAUGAUUUUGUUUAUCGACCAAGCUUAAGAGGAAUAGGUAUGCCUGAGAGAUAUAGCGCAAUGAACUUUAACAUCACCAGUCAAUCAGAUCGAGAGGUGAUUGCCAACGAUGCCGAAUGUUUGAAGGUGGUUGACGAAGUGAUGAAUAUGUUCUCUCAAAUUCCUGCUCGUAAAAUCAUUUUUAUAAAUCACUACGAUAUUCUUGACGCUGUUGUGUCGUUUGUAUUUGGAAACACUAAGUUGGAUGAUCAAGUUAAAUGGGGAGCUUUUGCAGUGCUAUCGCAAUUGGGAAUUGACAAGUCAGUCGAUGAUGUUAAAAAGUAUUUACGAGAGGAGUUUCAGAUACCACGGACUGUUAUUGAGGAUCUUCUACUGAAUUUCAACUUUACUUGUUCCUUACAUGAAGCUAGACAAAAGUUGCAGAAACUAAUGAUUGACUCCCCGCAAUUGAUAAAAGUGGAAAAGUCUUUUGCUUACUUAUCCAAAGUACAAGGUAUUCUCAAUCAAUUUGAGAAAAAGUCAGAGAUUUUGUUUAACCCAUUGUACAAUUAUGAUAAUCGGUAUUAUCGUCAUGGUAUCAUGUUUCAGGCAGUUUUCAAAGGAGACAAGUCAAAAAGGUACAACAGAAUCAUCACAGGAGGCAGAUUCGAUGCUUUGAUUAGAUCAUUUACUGAUGUGUCUGUUACUGGAUCAAAGACAUUCAAACCCAACAAGCUGCAUUGUGUUGGCUUUACAUUGACCACUUCGUUCUUGUUUGCGUUGAUGAAGAGUAUCAUGUCACGAAAAUUUGUAAAAAAUGAUUUUUCAAAGUGGAAGGGAAGUCGUUGUGAUGUCCUUGUAAGUUCCACACAGCAAGAAUUUGUUGAUUUGUGUGGGUGUGAAAUUUUGGGCAAAUUGUGGCUGAAGAACAUUAGCGCUGACCUCGUGUCUGCUAGAUCACAGGAUGAUUUACUUCACGAGGCUUCAGUGAUUGGUGCCUCUUGGAUAGUCUUGAUUAGACAAGGGCAACAACUUGCUAGAAAAUCAAAAAAAUCGUCAAACUACAAGCCACUCAAGGUCAGGAAUGUGGUUACCAGUAAGGAUAUUGAUCUAGACAGCUAUGAGGAGUUGGUAAAUUACUUGGUGGGAGAAAUUGGUGGUACUGAAGAUGAUAUCGAAGAGGAGUCCACAACGGGACCCAAUCAAUCUGAAAGCGACACCCUCACCAUUGAACAAUUGGAUGCAAUCGACUUGAAUCAAAAGAUCACUGUUGUCAACAACGAAGCCCCACGAGGUCGAAAGAAUAAUAAGCGAGAGAAGUGGGAGGUUGAAACUAAUGCCAAGACAGUUGGAGCGCAAGUGGUGCAGAAGUUAGCCCAGGGCCCUGUUCUUACUUUUGAUGUUCGAGACGAAGUCGUCGAUAUGAUUAGUAUAACUUCGAUCCAUCAACAAGAGGAAUGGGUCAGAAAAGUGCUCUUUAGUGCAAACAAUUUACCAAAGAGUUUUGCCAUGAAUAUCUACAGUAGUUUGGUCAAAGAGGCGGCCAAGGGACAUAGUUGGUGUAUUUUGGUGGCGUCAAGAACGUCACAUUCGGCAAUAGUGGAUUUAAGAAGAUGA